AUGGGUUGUGAAUUAACGAAGCUGGCCAGCAGUAGCAAUGGUGGCAAUUCCAAGUCGAACAAUAUGCCGAGCCUGGACGGUUGUGGGCCACCGCCAGUGGACAGCCGGUUACCGCUGACGGCGAAACAGAAAUACACGAUGGUGGCCUCGUGGAAGGGCAUCAGCCGUGCGAUGGAAACGACCGGGAUCACCAUGUUUAUCAAACUGUUCGAGGAGCAUGCGGACCUGUUGAAUAUGUUCACCAAAUUCAAGGAGCUCAAGACGAAAGAGGAGCAAGCAACCUCGGAGGAGCUGCAGGAGCACGCGAACAAGGUGAUGAACACGCUGGACGAAGGCAUCCGGGGGCUGGACGAUUUGGAUACGUUCUUCGAGUUCAUCCACCAGGUCGGUGCGUCCCAUCGGCGCAUACCCGGCUUCAAGCAGGAGUAUUUUUGGCGCAUCGAGGAACCGUUCCUGUCGGCCGUCUCGACCACGCUGGGCGAUCGGUACACGCAGAACGUGGAAGGAAUUUACAAGCUCACCAUCAAGUUCAUCAUCGAAACGCUGGUAGCGGGCUAUGAAGCAAGUGCCAACAAUAAUGUCGACAACAACACCACGACCUCCACCAGCAGCAGUACGCCCGCCACGAAGCGAGCGGACGAACCGAACCGGGCAUCCUGA